CUAUUUUUUAUUCUGACUUUUAAAAACACAAUUUUAAAAAAUAGGGUUCAACUUUUCUUGAACACAAAUCCGAACACAGUAACUCUUUUUGAGGGUAUUCAUUUCCAACACAGCUGCUUGAUUGAGCCAGACCCAGAUCUCUGCCAUUGAAAUACCUCAAUUCUAAGAAGCAAGGUCAUGUCCGGGGAGAGACCUAGAAGAGGUGUUCUGCCUCCGGCUCAAGAGAAUAUUGAGAAAUUAAAGAAAGUUGUUGAAGAGGGUAACUACUAUGGAGCUCAACAGAUGUACAAGUCUAUAAGUGCAAGUUCAGUAGAGAAAGAGCAGUUGAAGAUUGCGAUAACUGGUGAAAGCACCGAGAAACACACAAAUUUGAUUUCAGAAUCAGAGUCCUCACUCCAACAGACUCAAGUAAUUGCUGAGAAUGAAGUUUCUGUAGUAGAAUCUAAGGUUAUUUCAGUUUCUGAAAAAGAUGAGACCUUGAAUCCUGAAGAAUACUUUGAUGACAGCAUGGCUUGUGAUAUCCACGUUCAGUCAAAUGUAGAACAAGCAAGGGAAAUAGAUAGACAAGUGAAGGAUAGUGAUCAGGUUUAUUCUGAUGGAGGACAUGAAAAGGCUUUAGAUUUCAACACUGAAGUUUCAGGUGCCGCUGAGCACCUUAAGCCUAUAGAGAACUUGGAACAGACUGAGACUUGUGAUGUUUCUCCGAUUUGUGUUAGUACUGUACAGGAGAUAGAAACUGAACAUGGAGGGCAGCAAAUAGAAUUUGAAAAGCAACAAGAAAUGCCUAAGAAAAUGGGUGGUGUAAAUGAAAAUGAUGGUCAUGCAUGGGCAGAUGUGACAUUCUCAUGUGAGCCCAGUGAAUUAAUACAUGUUGAAGGUACAACACCUGGUGACAAUUCUCCUAACCCUGUUGAUAAAGCCGUGCUAUCUCCACCAGACCAUGACAGGAACUCACCUACUCAAACAGUAUGUCGCUCAGAAAUGGACAACCAAACCACUAAGAACGUGGACAUUGCUCCAAUGGACACCAAUGAAGUUUUGAUUUCAGCUAGUGAAGCUUUGGGCCAGUCAGAUGAUAAUCAAAACUUGAGUAAUGAAGAGUGCUUACAGGAGGGUGUAGCCACUGAUUAUAGUAUUUCUGAUGGAAAUUUCGCAGAUGAGGAAGGUGUUAAAGAGCAAGUUACCCCUGUUGAGUUUAGUUUACAUGGAGAGAAAGACUUGACAGUGGUCAAAGAAAUUACUGAUAGUAAACAGCCAAACAACAGCGAAGAGAAAAUCAUUAAUGAGAAAUCUCUGGAGCCAGAGAAUUCGUUAGUGAAUCAACAAAGUUGUGACUUACCACCAGAAGAUGAAGAUGUAUUUUCUGUAACCGACUUAGUUUGGGGUAAAGUAAAGAGCCAUCCAUGGUGGCCAGGACAGAUAUUUGAUUUUACUGAUGCAUCAGAGAAGGCAAUGAAGCAUCAUAAAAAGGACUGCUUCUUGGUUGCCUAUUUUGGGGAUAGAACAUUUGCGUGGAAUGAAGCUUCAUCUUUAAAGCCCUUUCGGUCUCAUUUCUCACAGAUGGAGAAGCAGGGCAAUGCAGAUUCAUUCCAGAAGGCUGUCAAUUGUGCUUUAGUAGAAAUUUCGAGGCGAGUACAAUUAGGCUUAGCCUGUUCUUGUAUACCAAAAGAUUUACACGACAACAUUCAAUUCCAGGUCGUUGAAAAUGCAGGGAUCCGGCCAGAAUCAAGUAUAAGAGGUGUGGAUGAAUCUGCUAGUGUUAAUUCCUUCCAAUCUGACAAGUUGCUUGAAUACCUUGGAGCAUUAGCACAGUCUCCAUCAGGUGGGAAUGACCGAUUGGAACUUGUAAUAGCGAAGGCUCAGUUGUUAGCCUUUUUCCGUUUGAAGGGGUUUUGUAGCUUACCUGAAUUUCAUUGUUGUGGAGGAUUGGUUGAGAAUAACACCGUUGGCUCCCGAUUUCAGGAUAGUUUACAUCCUGAUGAUAUGGCUGAGGAUGCAAGUUCUCUUUCUAAAGAUGACGAACGAGCUUCCUCUAGCCAGGAGAGGUCGAAAUUACAUAGUUCUUCUCAUAAACGGAAACAUAAUCUUAGAGACGGCGUUUAUCCUAAAUUAAAAGAGAAAAGCUUAUCAGAGUUGAUGGUUGGUGCCAUAGAUUUUUCAGAUGACGAUAAUCAGUCUGGUAAGAGGAGAAAGGGUGUAGAUUACCAUGCUGAGGACUUGGCAGCUCAAGAUGGAAGGAAAACUGUUUCUGUUGCAAAAGCUUCUAAUUCCACUUUUCCAAAGCAGUCAUUUAAGAUUGGUGAAUGUAUCCGUAGAGUUGCUAGCCAGAUGACUGCUAGCCAGACGACUCCCAGCCAGAUGACUCAGAGUACUCCUACUGUGAAGCUUGAGAGGGUGAAGCUAGAUGGAAGCAGUGACAGACCUGGGGAUGGUUAUGAAAUUUCCUUUCAGAGCUCUGAGGAUGUCUGUAGAGGAAGGACAAGUGAUGCAGGAAGGGCAGCUGAUGCAGGAAGGGCAGCUGAUGCAGGAAGGGCAGCUGAACCAGCAGAGUACUCUUCACUAGAUGAAUUACUGUCUCAACUUCAGUCUGUUGCACAAGAUCCCUUGAAGGAAUUCAAUCUUUCAAGUGUUAUUAUUAACUUCUUCACUGACUUAAGGAAUUCAGUAGUGAUUACAGGCCAGUAUUUUGGGAGUGAGCAUGUGUCAAUUGACAAAGUCACUGGUAAAAGGAAGAAAGGGUCUCCUGAAACUUUUGAAUUUGAUGAUAUGAAUGACACCUAUUGGACAGACAGAGUCAUUCAAAAUGGUUCAGAAGAGCAACCUCUCCGUAGAGGCAGGAAAAAAGAUAAUCAACUUGCUGCUACACAGUCAGAAAAACCUCCUCAAGAAGGCCGUAGAACAUACUCUAGGAAGCGAUACUCUAAUGGUGAGCUUGGCUUGACACCAGAGAGACCUGCUGGCUACGUUAGCGAGAACGCACCAGCAGAACUCAUAAUGAACUUCUCUGAGGUAAAAUCUAUGCCAUCAGAAAGUAACCUGAACAAAAUGUUUAGGAGAUUUGGACCACUCAAAGAAAUGGAGACAGAAGUUGAUAGGGACAGCAGUCGUGCUAGGGUAGUUUUUAAGAAGUCUUCGGACGCAGAAGUUGCUUGCAGCAGUGCUGAAAAAUUUCACAUCUUUGGCUCAACACUUGUAAAUUACCAGUUGAGCUAUACUCCAACUCUCCCUUGUAAAGCAUCUCCGGUUGUUAUUACAACUCAGGAUCAUGAAAUGCAACUUGAUCUCUCUGCCCAUGACCAUGAGAUGCAGCUUGAUCUGUCCACCCACGAACAUGAAAUGCAACUUGAUCUGUCCACCCAUGACCAUGAGAUGCAACUAGACCUCUCCAGUCUGUCAAGUUUUGAGGUUAAUUUGGUUUAGGAAUUUCAGGAAAAGGUUUUAGAAAUCUGGCUGCAAUGCUCUCACCUGGGCUGCCAAAAGGAGGUAUAGGUGACCGAAAUGUUAACCAGGUUAUGAGAUAUUCACUUGGCUUCUGGGUGCUGUGUUUUGUUUUCUGUCAAAAUGCAUUUUUCUAUCCUUACCCUUACCCUUCUUGUAAUCUAUCUGGUUGUUUAGUUUAAUUUUAAUGUAUAGCUGAGUUAGCUGAGCUUCUUUUCAUAGUUCAUUUCUGUUCAGCCAGUCUUUUUUCUAUCCUUGAUGACUACUACAAAAUUGAAUCAUUGAUCAGGGGUGCACAUGGUGUCUACUUGAAAAGGGUAAGAAAUUUUCAGUAUUGUCUAUAUAACAUGCUGGGGAACCUUGCUUUUUUCUCUUA